AGCAGUAUUGUGUGACCGAAGCAGGGUCUGCCGGGCCGGGCUCAUUUCGCCGCUCCUCCACCCGGCUUGUCUUUUUGGAACUCAUUGCAAUGGCGGAACAGCAGCAGUUCUACCUCUUGCUGGGCAGCCUGAUGAGCCCUGACAACAAUGUCAGGAAACAGUCAGAGGAGACCUAUGACACGAUUCCUGGUCAGAACAAGAUCACAUUCUUGCUGCAGGCCAUCAGAGAUGCAUCAGCUGCAGAGGAGGUCAAACAGAUGGCGGCAGUGUUGCUGCGGCGGCUGCUGUCCUCCUCCUUUGAGGAGAUCUAUCCCGGGCUGACCGUGGAGAUGCAGACAGCCAUCAAGACAGAACUUCUGACCAGUAUCCAACAAGAGAGCUCCCCCAACAUCCGCAAGAAGGUCUGCGACAUUGCCGCUGAGCUCUCCCGCAACCUCAUUGAUGAUGAUGGGAACAACCAGUGGCCAGAGGUGCUCAAAUUUCUUUUUGACUCCGUCAACUCUGACAAUGUUGGCCUGCGGGAAGCUGCUCUGCACAUAUUUUGGAAUUUUCCUGGAAUAUUUGGCAACCAGCAGCAGCAUUAUAUGGAAGUUAUCAAGCGCAUGCUUGUGCAGUGCAUGCAGGAUCAGGACAACGCACAGAUUCGUACUCUGGCAGCUCGGGCUGCUGCAUCAUUUGUUCUAUCUAAUGAGAGUAACACAGCGCUGCUGAAGCAUUUCUCAGACCUGCUGCCAGGCAUCCUGCAGGCAGUGAAUGAGUCGUGUUACCAGGGAGACGACUCUGUGCUCAAAUCAUUAGUGGAAAUAGCUGAUACAGCACCCAAAUACCUGAGACCUCAACUGGAGGCCACCCUGCAGCUGUGUCUGAAGCUGUGCGCCGACACUAACCUGACUAACAUGCAGAGGCAGCUGGCAUUGGAGGUAAUUGUCACCUUAUCGGAGACUGCAGCAGCCAUGCUGAGGAAACACACUGCCAUUGUGGCUCAGAGCGUGCCCCAGAUGCUGGCAAUGAUGGUGGACCUGGAGGAGGAUGACGAAUGGGCUAUGGCUGAUGAGCUGGAGGACGAUGAUUUCGACAGUAAUGCUGUGGCUGGUGAGAGUGCUCUGGACAGAAUCGCCUGUGGUCUGGGUGGAAAGAUCAUUUUGCCCAUGAUCAAACAGCAUAUCAUGCAGAUGCUGCAAAACCCUGACUGGAAAUACCGCCAUGCUGGGCUGAUGGCGCUGUCUGCCAUCGGUGAGGGCUGCCAUCAGCAAAUGGAGGCCAUCCUCAAUGAGAUCGUCAGCUUCGUCUUGCUCUUCUGUUCUGACCCUCAUCCACGAGUGCGCUACGCUGCUUGCAAUGCUAUUGGACAGAUGGCCACAGACUUCGCCCCCACCUUCCAAAAGAAAUUUCACGAUAAGGUGAUUUCUGCCCUACUUCAAACCAUGGAGGACCAGAGUAACCCCCGGGUGCAGGCACAUGCUGCUGCUGCGCUCAUCAAUUUUACAGAAGACUGUCCCAAAUCUCUGCUGAUCCCUUACCUGGACAGCUUAGUGCAGCACCUUCAUGUCAUCAUGGUAGCCAAGCUGCAAGAGCUGAUCCAGAAGGGCACCAAACUGGUCCUGGAGCAGGUGGUGACGUCAAUCGCCUCAGUGGCCGACACAGCAGAGGAGAAGUUUGUGCCAUAUUAUGACCUGUUCAUGCCCUCGCUCAAACACAUCGUGGAAAAUGCCGUGCAGAAGGAGCUGCGGCUGCUGCGUGGCAAAACCAUCGAAUGCAUCAGCCUCAUCGGUCUGGCUGUCGGCAAGGACAAGUUCAUGCCUGACGCCUCUGCGGUGAUGCAGCUGCUCCUCAAGACCCAGACAGACUUCAAUGACCUGGAGGACGAUGAUCCUCAGAUCUCGUACAUGAUCUCCGCCUGGGCCAGGAUGUGCAAGAUCCUAGGGAAGGAGUUCCAGCAGUAUUUGCCUGUGGUCAUGGGCCCUCUGAUGAAGACGGCAUCCAUCAAGCCAGAGGUGGCCCUCCUUGAUACCCAGGACAUGGAAAACAUAUCUGAAGAUGAUGGUUGGGAGUUUGUCAACUUGGGAGACCAGCAGAGCUUCGGCAUCAAGACGGCUGGUCUGGAGGAGAAAGCCACUGCCUGUCAGAUGCUGGUGUGCUAUGCCAAAGAGCUGAAGGAGGGUUUUGUGGAAUACACAGAGCAGGUGGUGAAGCUGAUGGUUCCUCUGCUCAAGUUCUAUUUCCAUGAUGGUGUUCGGGUAGCAGCAGCUGAGUCCAUGCCCCUGUUGUUGGAGUGUGCACGGGUUCGAGGACCGGAGUAUCUGACCCAGAUGUGGCACUUCAUGUGUGACGCUCUGAUCAAGGCCAUCGGUACUGAACCAGACUCAGACGUCCUGUCAGAAAUCAUGCACUCAUUCGCCAAGUGCAUUGAGUUAAUGGGAGAUGGCUGUCUGAACAAUGAGCAUUUUGAGGAGUUGGGCGGUAUCCUGAAAGGAAAACUGGAGGAACAUUUCAAGAACCAGGAGCUUAGACAAGCCAAGAGACAGGAUGAAGAUUAUGAUGAGCAGGUGGAGGAGACGUUACAGGACGAGGAUGAAAACGAUGUGUACAUCCUGACCAAAGUGUCCGACAUCCUGCACUCUGUUUUCAGUAGUUACAAAGAGAAGGUUCUGCCAUGGUUUGAGCAGCUGCUGCAGCUCAUCGUCCAGCUAAUAUGUCCUAACAGGCCGUGGGCUGACAGACAGUGGGGUCUGUGCAUCUUCGAUGAUGUGGUGGAGCACUGCAGCCCCUCCUCUUUUAAAUAUGCUGAGUAUUUCUUGCGGCCCAUGUUGCAGUCACUGUGUGACUCGAGCCCUGAGGUUCGGCAGGCGGCCGCCUAUGGUAUUGGUGUCAUGGCUCAGUUUGGAGGAGAGAACUACCGCCCAUUCUGCACAGAGGCCAUUCCCCUGCUGGUCAGAGUUAUUCAGGCAGCUGACUCGCGCUCCAAAGAGAACGUCAACGCUACAGAGAACUGCAUCUCCGCUGUUGGGAAGGUCAUGAGGUUUAGGCCAGAGUGUGUCAACGUCAAUGAGAUCCUUCCUCAUUGGCUGAGCUGGCUGCCACUCAACGAGGACAAGGAGGAGGCUGUCCACACAUUUGACUUCCUCUGUGAUCUCAUUGAAAGCAACAACCCCAUUGUCCUUGGACCAGACAAUUCAAACCUUCCUAAAAUCUUCCUCAUCAUCGCGGACGGAGUCGCAAAUGAAUCAGUUAAGUGUGAGGAUGCAUGCAGCAAACGACUGGCAAACGUCAUCCGCCAAGUACAGGUGUCAGCAGGAUUAUGGACACAGUGUGUAUCGACGCUGAAUGAGACGCAGCAGAAAGCCAUACAGGACCUCCUGAACACCGCCUGAGCCUGUAUCCCCGUCACCUCCCCUGCUCUUUAAAAAGCCCAUGAAGAAAGCUCCCGGAGCUCCUCCAUUCACUCCCUCUUCUUCCUCCUGCUCUGAUCUGUAGUGUUUAUGGACGCCGGCUUCACUUUCCCCCCUCAUCACCUCCUCCACCCGAAUAGUGUAUAACCUCCGCCUACCUUCUGCCGACUGGAGGGAGCAGAUUGGACGUUUGUGACAGUGGAGGACAUUGGCCAUCCACCUCAAAGACUCCUCACCCCGUAUCCAAGGCAGUGGGAACGAGAGGACGAGCGUGUAUCCCGGUCUUAUCACAGUUCGCGUCUUCUAUAUGGACAUUUGUUUCUCCAGCCAUUCCCUGACGUUUGCCCAGAGGACUCGCCCUCCGAUCUUAUUGGACAGUCGCACUCAGAGGGGCCACAGUGGGGGGGAAGGGGGGACGAGACAUUAAAAAUGAACUGAGUAAUCGAAUGAGGUGAAAAUGCACACUGGGCGAUCACUGCCUGUCUCCUGUGAAUUUUUUUUUUUUUUUUUAUUGUAUUUAUUUUCUCGUUCUGUGUUCCCAGUGUUGGCUGGGGGGGAACAGGCCUCUGUCGCAGCCCACAGGGUUUGUUUCUCAAGUAACGGCAUGUUUAAGUGGCUAACUCUAGAAAUUAUCAAUAGUUAGAAUUGACAUCAUCGUCGUCUGGGAGAGUUGACUUAACGCAGCUUUCCUCCAUAGCCUCCCUGAUAGCAGUUCACAGGAAGUGAAGGUGAAAUGUCUCCGAACGGUUCUCAGCCCUGACGUAGCAGUUUGGUAAAAGGGCUCUCUGAGGAAGCGCAAUAAUAUGUAGUAGUAGUCACAGCCAUUGUGUGUGACAAGCUGGAGGAAUAUGAACUAGAGUAUUUGUAAAAUGCGUGCUACCAUAUUCUUAAUUCUAUGGUUUUUGACCCUUUGCAGUCCUGCAGGUUUGAUGGAAUUCAGAAACAACCAACAAUAAAUUCCAUUUGAGAGUAA